AUGGAAUGUGAAAGUUCUGAUGAUUUUUUUGAAGAUAGUGGUAGUGACUGGACCCCGUUAAAUGAGAUUGAAUACGAUUCAAUAUUAGCUUUUGAUAGCGAUGAAGAAAAUGUACCACCAAUUGAAAAAAAUCAUGAAUCGGAUUUACCUGAUGUUAAUAUUAUUCCAGCCACUUCUUCAUCUUCAGAUUUGGAAGAAGUUAACACACCGACUAGAAAACGUAAGCGUUUCACCAAAAAAAUGGAAGAAAAAUGUCAUGAGUACAAAUAA